AAAUCUUUUGGAUAACAGGUCAAAAUGCACGACAAAUUAACGUUUGCGGUGCUUUUGAUAUCAUAAUACAGACAGCAACGUAAAAAUAGAUGGAUCACCAUUAGACACCAGAGUUGUCUUUCCAUGCUCUCACAUACACGAAUGUAAUGUAACCGUCGUGCGCGAGAUUGCGUCAAUAUUGAUUAUCGAUGGGAUAUGUGGCGUAGUUUUAUAUUGUGACAGAAUGCCAUUUUUUGUGUGUUGGAAGUUACAACUACAUUUGUAAUUGUACAUUAAGACCAAACGCAAUAAGCUGUUAGAAGCACAUGGGGGAAAUUUCCACUGAGAGCGGAAUGGAUCGCUGGGUGUGUCCAAAUGAUCGACAGCUUGCACUUCGGGCAAAACUCGGCGCAGGAUGGUCGGUGCACACAAACAAGUUUAGCACGUUCCAGAAAGCACAGCACUUGAGUGCCGAGGAACAAGAACAGAUCAUGAACGUCAUUCAGAAGGCAGACUAUCUGGAGGUGGUAGAGCAAGAGAGGAUUGGUCGGCUGGUAGAGAAGCUGGACAACAUGAAGAAGAAUGCCAUGGGCAACGGCACAACCCAGUGUGUGCUGUGUGGUGAUGAGUUUGGACUGCUGGGGGCGUCACCGACAUACUGUGAUGACUGCAGGAAGGCCGUUUGCACUAAGUGCGGUGUGGACACGUUAAACUGCAACCGACAACCCUUGUGGCUCUGUAAGAUCUGCAGUGAAAACAGAGAGGUAUGGAAGAGAUCUGGGGCUUGGUUCUUUAAAGGCCUGCCAAAGUAUGUAAUCCCAGAAAAGAAGUCGGAAGUGGGUAAACACGCUGGGAGUGUGAAGGGGAAACUUGAGUAUAAGGGAUCGCAGAAGAGUGCUGGUGGGACAGCUGUGCACACAUACAACAACUGGAGUAAGGGUCGAGGGAGCCAAGGUACAAGCUAUGGAGAGAGCAGUGACCAUGAAUCGGAGAGCAGUUCAGAUGAUGAUGUCAGUAUUGGAAAGAAAAAGGGUCAGAAAGGCUCAGGAGCUGAAAGCGAUGCCAUCAGCGUGACCAGCAGCCAGAGCGGCCAUUUCUACAACAGCGGGCACAUCCGAGACAGCAGGGACAGCAAAAGCAGUGUUGGCAGUGACCGCCAUGUUGGAGAACGCUAUGGUAGCAGCGACCGAUACAGCCGGGACCGCUACAGUCACAGCCAUCACAGCGCCACGGAGAGCUCGCGUGACGAAGCUCCAGAGGAAGAUAAUGACAGUCUUGGUGGGCUCAGUCAGCACAGUAGUGGGCCCUAUCCUCAUCCCCUGAUGUCAGCCCGACCCCAUGAGGCCCCAUCCAGGGUCACAGCUGGUGUGGGCGGGCGUAAAGACGACAGCAUUGACAAAGUGUCACAUGCAGAGGUAGACGAGGAAAGUCCGCCUUCCUCUCCAGAUGUUGAUACUGGAGGCUUAGGAAUGCUCGAGUUCUCCAUGCAGUACGACAGUGGAAAACAGCAACUUAACAUUCAGAUUCACAAGGCUAUGUCUUUGAAAGCUAUGGAUUCCAAUGGCCUCUCUGACCCUUACGUCAAGCUGCAUCUUCUACCAGGGGUCUCCAAGUCCACAAAACUGAGGACCAAAACCAUUCACAAAACCCUGAAUCCCCAAUGGAAUGAGACACUUGUAUACCAUGGGAUAUCAGCCGAUGACAUGCUCAAGAAAACUCUCAGAUUAUCCGUGUUAGAUGAAGAUGCGUUUGGCUAUGACUUCAUAGGAGAAACAAGGGUGGAGUUACACAGAUUUCUGAAUAACCACAUGAAGCAUUUUAAUAUGCAUCUAGAACCCAGAGGUCAUGGCCAGGUUGAUGACGAAGAUGACCUGUUAACCAAUGACCGAGGCAAGGUGCUUCUGUCUCUGCGGUACUCCACAGCCAAGCAGUCUCUCACUGUGGGCAUCAUCAGAUGUGCCGGCCUUGCUGCCAUGGACUCCAAUGGAUAUUCUGAUCCAUUUGUUAAAAUCUAUUUAAAACCAGACAGAGAUAAGAAAUCUAAAUUCAAGACAAUUGUGAAAAAGAAGACAUUAAAUCCAGAAUUCAAUGAGGAGUUUCAAUAUCAGAUCAAGCAUGCAGACUGUGCCAAAAAGACACUGGAAAUCACUGUCUGGGACAAGGAUCUGGCCAAGAAUGACUUCAUUGGUGGAGUCCAACUGGGCAUCAACUCCAAAGGGGAGCGACUCAAGCACUGGUUUGACACGCUGAAAAACCCCGACCAGAAAUACGAGAGAUGGCACAUGCUUGCUGCUGAACUCCAACCUGAGGUGCAAUAGGUGUUGUGAUAGUGUUGUGUAACCUGUGAAAAACGCCGGAUGACUAGGCAACAUCAGAAUGGCUUAUCUUCCAUACGGUUGCACAUGCUUGCAGUAACAGCUGGAAUAAUUGCAGCUCCCACAUAACAUUACAGUGUGGACACGUGGACCUGGCACUGAUAUUGUGCAUUUUUAUCCAUAUGACAGUAUUAAAAUAAUAAAUGUUUUCUUUUUGUAAAGAACAAAACAAUUAAACAGUACCGCACUGAACAUACAAGCCACUAAUGUGACCACAAAAGCAUGCGUGAUUUUAUAGCGGAAUUGAACAAGACUGUGCGAAUGGGGGAUGGGGGGCAUGGGUGAAGUUUAUUCAUCUAAAUCUAAUUUAGCUCCAAUAUAUUGUGAUAUAUUAUUUAAUUUCAUUCAAGAUAAUGAAUCAUGAUAUUAUGGAAAUUCCAUGAUUAUUUAUAAACAAGAGCCCUGAUUGAAUCUCUUCCAAGACAUUCCAGUUCCAUUGUCAAUAGUUGUUUCAUGCAUAAAACUGUAAUUAUAGACACCAACAUUGGGGAACAUGGGUCAAUAAAUAUAACCCAUUCUUCUUAAGUUCCAGUUGUUGAAAGUGGCCAAAUUUGAAAUUGGCUUGGAUAUUAGAUCUAAAGAUAAUAUUGCAUAUAUAUAUAUAUAUUUAUACAUUUAUGCAUUUUUGAUGCCAUACCAUUAGUUUGAUCAAGUUACACUAUAUUCAAAUGGUUGAUAGUUUUUUAUGAUUAUAUAUUUACUGCUGCUCAUUGCAAGAAGGUUGUGUUCAUUUGUUGUUCCAUGAAAGUGAAUGAUAAUUCACACACAAUUCUAUAUAAAUUGGUAUGACCUGAAAUACAUUCAUACAUGCAUACAUAAAAGUUCUUACAAAUAUAUUGUAUUUUGACAUUGGCCGUAAUAUCAUUUGAAGUUAUAAGUGAAGACUAAGAAAGUUAAAAAAAAGUCAUUUUUUUAUACGCCCGUUUUUUCCAAACGGGACAUAUUACAGUUUUACCCUUGGCGGGUGGGUGGGCGGCGGCUUCCACAGCAGUGUCCGCUCUCUAAUUGAAGUAGUUUUCAUCAAAUCUUCAUCAAAUUCGGUCAGAAGUUGUAUCUAGAACAUAUCUAGGUCCAGUUGGAAUAUGGGUCAUGCUGGGUCAAAAACUAGGUCAUGGGGUUACUUAGUGCAUUUCAAGGAUUUAGCAUGUUGUCCGCUCUCUUAUUUAAGUAUUUUUCAUCCUAUCUUCACCAAAGUUGGUCAGAAGUUGUAUAUAGACAAUAUUUAGGUCAAGUUUGAAUAUCGGUCAUGCCAGGUCAAAAAACUAGGUCAUGGGGUCACUGAGUGCAUUCCAAGGAUUAAGCAUGGUGUCCGCUCUAGAAUUGAAGUACUUUUCAUCUGAUCUUCACCAAAUUAAGUCAGAAGUUGUGUCUAAAUGAUAUCUUGGUCAGUUCAAAUAUGGGUCAUGCCGGGUUAAACUAGGUCAUGGGGUCACUUAGUGCAUUUCAAGCAUUUAGCAUGGUGUCCGCUCUCUAAUUGAAGUAGUUUUCAUCUGAUCUUAACCAAAUUUGGUCAGAAGUUGUAUCUAGACAAUAUCUACGUCAAGUUUGAAUGUGGGUCAUGCCGGGUCAAAAACUAGGUCACCGGCUUACUAUAAAGUGCAUUUCAAGGAUUUAGCAUGGUGUCUGAUCUCUAAUUGAAUAUUGUUCAUCAGAUCUUCACCAAAUUUGGUCAGAAGUUGUGUCUAAAUGAUAUCUAAGUCAAGUGAAAAUAUGGGUCAUGUCGGGUCAAAAAAUAGGUCACGAGGUCACUUAGUGCAUUUUAAGCAUUUGGAAUGGUGUCCAAAACCUUCAAACAGGUGUAUCUUGUGACAGUUUGGCACUCUUGUUUUAAUAUCCUUUAAACAAUUUAUUCUUUAAAUGUUAGGCAUUGAUAGUUAUUGAUGAGCAUUCAUUAUCAUGGAUAAAAUUGAUGAACUUCACUCUCAUUUUUAAACAUUUAUUGUCAUUUAUAAUCAUAUUAGUGUGUUUGAUUAACGUUUAUUGUCAUUGAUAAACAUUCAAGAUCAUUUAUAAUUAUUAAAUGACAUUUGACACGAAAACCAUAAUCAUCUCUUGGCAUCAUUUGUCUUGAUUUAUAAACAUAUUUAUUGCUGAUGUUAAUGUGUUAGAUAGUUAAUAGUUAUGGUCAUAUAUAAGCAGAUACUGUUAAUAUUAAACAUCCAAUGUCAGAUUUAAAACCAUCAUCCACCAUUUUAAUCCAAAAUUGAAGUUGGUCUAUAAAUUUUAAUUAUUUCUUAUGUUGAUUUAUUUAAUUGUUAAUAUCCAGUGUCUGCAUAAGCAUUUUAUGGUAUUGAUAACAAUUAAUUGUCAUUUAUUCUUUAGUAAUCGAUAAGAUAAGAAUUAUUUUUCAUUGUUUUACAAGCAUUAAUUAGUAUCAUCUAUUACAUUCAUUGUUUUACAUGCAGUCAUUAUUAUUGACAAUCUUUUAUUGUCAUUGCUGAGCAAUAAUUUUCAUUUUACAUAUUUGAAAAGUUGUAUAUUGAAACCAUUGCAAAAAUAAUUUGAGAGGGGAAUAUUUUAGUCCCUCUUUAAUGUUGUCAGUCGGUCAGUCUGCAUGAAAUGUUGUCAGUUUGUGUAGCUAACUUCUUACAUACAUCAAGCAAUUAUUGAACUUUCAUGGUAGUCAUCGUUAUGAAAUUUCGAUGUGCAGAACACUUAUUUCAUGCCCAAUGUUCCACACAUUCUUGAGUUUUUUCACUUAACCCAUUUAUGCCUAGGGUCUAGAAAAAAGGCCUUGGCAAACAGCGUAGACCCAGAUGAGACGACGCAUGAUGCGGCGUCUCAUCUGGGUCUGCGCUGUUUGCUUAAAGGAAUUUCUUUAAGAAAUAUUCUAAAUAUAGAAAUAAAUAUACUAGACAUCCCUAAUUUUGGAAAUAAAUUGAUCCAAUUUAGAAGGAUGGGAGAGUCCACUAGGCAUGAAUGGGUUAAAUUAGGCCACAAAGUGAUGCUGGCGUAUUACUUGUGUGUGAGGAAUCAGUAGUCUAGUUUUUAGCUCUUCUAUUUUUUCAAAAACAAUUAUGAGCUAUUGUCAUCACCUUGGCGUCAGUGUUGGCGUCGGUGUCUGGUUAAGUUUUGCGUUUAGGUACACUUUUCUCAUAAAGUAUCAAUGCUAUUGCAUUCAAACUUGGUACAUUUUUGUGUUUAGGUCCAUUUUAUUCCUUAAGUAUCAAAGCUAUUGCUUUCAUACUUGCAACACUUACUAACUAUCAUAAGGGGACUGUGCAGGCAAAGUUAUGUAACUCUGACUGGCAUUUUGACAGAAUUAUGUGCCUUUUUUAUACUUAAAAAAUUGAAAAUUUGGUUAAGUUUUGUGUUUAGGUCCACUUUUUUCCUAAAGUAUCAAAGCCAUUGCUUUCAUACUUGCAACACUUACUAACUGUCGUAAGGGAACUGUGCAGGCAAAGUAAUGUAACUCUGACUGGCAUUUUGACGGAAUUAUGUGCCCUUUUUAUACAUAGAAAAUUGAAAAUUUGGUUAAGUUUUGUGUUUAGGUCCACUUUUUUCUUAAGUAUCAAAGCCAUUGCUUUCAUACUUGCAACACUUACUAACUAUCGUAAGGGGAUUGUGCAGGCAAAGUAAUGUAACUCUGACUGGCAUUUUGACAGAAUUAUGUAACCUGCACAUUUUGAGUGGUGGAAGUUCAAGGUCAAGGUCAUCCUUCAAGGUCAAAGGUAACAAAA